GAGAGCCCCGUAGGACUGAGACUUGGAGGAGGCCAGACACAUUCAGAAGAAACAAGUAGAGGGCAAAAGCCAGCUAAAGGUGGCUGGUGCUCCUCCAGGCAGCCCCAAGCUCCCUGACGCAGACUAGGGACAGCGGGGACUGUACCAUGAACUCUGGGUCCUGUCUGAGCGCCAGCACAGCGGCCAUGGCCACCGUCACGGGCAGCAGUGUGGCGCUAAGCCUCUGCAGCAGCAGCAACACCAGCGCCCGGCCAGCCAGCUUGAUGGACACUCACGUGUGCUUCUCAAAGAAGCGAGACAAAGUGAAGAAGAGAGUCAUCUGGGGCAUUGAGGUAGCCGAGGUACUGCAGUGGAGAGGUUGGACGUUAGGGAAGGAGAUCACCAAGAACCUGGCUCUGAAAAACGUGUCCUUGAAGACCCAGAAGAUGGUGUACAGGCCCCCCAAGACCAAGUUCUUCUUCACUAUCAUCCCCCUGCCCAUCUUGCUGAGCCCGGGCAUAACCUUCACACUCCCCAUUAUCUUCCGGCCUCUGGAGGAGAAGGAGUAUGUGGACCAGCUCUGGUUUGAGAAAGAAGAGGGAAUGUUCUGUGUGGACCUGAGGGCCACCCUGCCUCGCCACAGUCUGAUCUGCCCACCGUCCCUACAGUUGCCCAUGUGUGCCGUGGGGGACACAGCCGAGGCCUGGUUCUGCCUGGAAAAUGUGGGGGACCUGCCCACCUUCUUCACCUGGGAGUUCCCCAGCCCAUUCCAUAUACUGCCCACCACGGGCCUGCUGGAGCCAGGCCAGGCCUCCUACAUCAAGGUGACCUUUCAUCCCCUUUUGGCUAUCCUCUAUGAAGUUCAGGCCACAUGCUGGUACGGAGAGGGCAGCAAGCAAAAAAGCAGCAUCCAGCUGCAGGCUGUGGCCAAGUGUGCACAACUGCUGGUGAGCAUAAAGCAGAAGCGCCCAGAGGACCGGGAUGCUGAAGGCGCCCAGAAAGUGCUGCACUUCGGCACGGUCGCCGUGGGCUGCACUGCGGAGAGGCAGAUCAAGCUUUACAACCCUUCGGUGGUGAGCGCCCCCUUCCGGAUCGAAGUAGCCCCAGACAUGCUGGCCAAAGAUCAUGCCUUCUCAUGCCCCACUACCAAUGGCAUUGUGCCUCCAGGCGGGAAGAAGUUAGUUUCAGUGUCCUUCCACCCCGAGACCUUGGACGUCAGAACUAUUGACUACUUGUCCAUCAUGCCCUCUGGCUGUGCCUCCCAAACCCUGCUCAAAGUCGUUGGUUUCUGUAGAGGUCCUGAUGUGUCCCUGCAACACAACUGUGUCAACUUCAGCUGGGUCAACCUUGGACAGUUCUCGGAGCAGCCCCUGUGGAUUGAGAACAAGUCGGACUGCACAGCCUACUUCCAGUUUGCCAUUGACUGCCAAGAGAGUGUCUUCGGCAUCAGUCCGUCCUUUGGGACUCUGGUGGGCAAGGCCCGCAUGACCCUGCACUGUGCCUUCCGGCCCACUCACCCCAUCAUCUACUCCCGGCGAGUGGCCUGUCUCAUCCACCACCAGGACCCCCUGUUCCUGGACCUGAUUGGGACCUGCCACUCAGACAGCACCAAGCCAGCCAUCCUAAGGCCACAGCAUCUGGCUUGGUACCGCACACACCUGGCACGGGGCCUGACGUUCUACCCUCCUGACAUCUUGAGCACCUUGCUGAGGGAGAAGAAGCUGGAGCAGGAUAAAAAUGGGGCCCUCAGGAUUCCCACUGAGGACCUGGCGGACACGUCAUCCCCGAAGUAUCCUCUCAUUUCCCCCAUGACUGAGUACUUCUUCGAUGGCACCAAUGACAUAGCCAUCUUCCCCCCACCUGUCAGCAUAGAGCCCAUGGAGGUGGACUUUGGUGCCUGCCCCGGGCCUGAGAACCCCAACCCUGUCCCCCUGUGCUUGAUGAACCACACCAAGGGCAAGAUCACGGUGGUCUGGACGCAUAGGUCUGAUUGCCCCUUCUGGGUGACCCCAGAUACCUGCAGUGUGCCUCCACUGAAGUCCAUGGCCAUGCGCCUGCACUUCCAUCCACCUCACCCCAACUGCCUGUACGCCGCGGAGCUCGAGGCCUUCGCUAUCUAUAAGGUUCUGCAGAGCUAUAAUAACAUCGAGGAGGACUGCACCGUGUGUCCCUCCUGGUGCCUGACCGUCCGCGCACGAGGCCACAGCUAUCAUGCUGCCUUGGAACACCCUGUCCCUCAGUAUUCCCUGCAUGCCCCCAAGCUCUUUCCUGCAGUGUCCGCCGGCGAACCCUCCUACCGUAGCCUGCUCUUGAUCAACAAAGGCUCCAUGAUGUUGACCUUCAACUUGGCACCCCAAAGCAGCUCAGACAUCUCCCUGCGGCCCAGUUCAGGCCUCGUGGCCCCCAGGGCCCACCAGAUCUUCCUCAUCUGUACCUACCCCAAGGGCAACUGCUGGAAGCAACACCUUUUCUACUUGCAGUUUAAUUUUUGUCCCCAGUAUCUCAAGGAGGUAUGCAUGCAGAGCCGGGAGGAGCCCCUACAGCUGAAGCUGGACACCUCUAAGAGCGUGUUCUUCAAGCCCACCUGGGUGGGCUGCUCCUCCACCAGCCUCUUCACCUUCCGUAACCCCUCGCGUCUGCCCCUGGAGUUUGAAUGGAGGAUUUCCCAGCCAUACGGAAAGAUCCUGGCCGUCCAGCCUGUGCGGGGGCUUAUCCAGCCCAGUGAGAGCCUUACGCUGACAUGGACCUUCAGCCCUCUGGAGGAGACCAAGUACCUGUUCCGAGUGGGGAUGUGGAUCUGGGAAGCCGGUCUGCCCCCAAACACCAAGCCCCCCGCCACCACCCACUACAUGCUCAGGCUGGUGGGCUUGGGCAUCACCAGCAGCCUCUCCGUGAAGGAAAAGGAGCUGGAAUUCGGGAAUGUGCUGGUGAACAGCAAGCAGUCCAGGUCGCUGAUGCUUCUGAAUGAUGGCAACUGCACCCUUUAUUACCGCCUGUUCCUGGAGCAGUGCAGCCCUCAGGUCAUGGACAACGGGCCUCUUGCCCUGCAGCUGGACCGCACAGAGGGGAGCCUGCCACCCCGGUCCCAGGACUCCGUCUGCUUGACCGCUUGUCCCCACCAGCGCUCCCAGUACUGCUGGAAGAUCAGCUAUGCUCUCCUCUCCCACAGAGAUAACAAGGCUGGGAAGAGGCAGGAGCUGUGUUGCAUCUUCCUGAUGGCUGUGUACCCCUUGCUCUCCAUCCUGGAUGUCUGCCCCGUGGGCAGCGCCAAGGGCAUCACCCGGAAACACCUGUGGCGCCUCUUCUCCCUAGACACGCUCAACAGUUACUUGGAGCGUGACCCCACCCCCCAAGAGCUCACCUACAAGGUGCCCACCCGGCACAGCACAAGCCAGAUCCCCACUGUCUUCACCCAUCUGAAGCUCGACUUCAACUUCGGGGCGGCGCCAGUGGAGGCCCCACCCUCGGUGGUGCUCCUUGCCCUGAAGAACCACGGAGUGGUGUCCCUGGACUGGGCCUUCCUCUUUCCAAGUGACCAGCAGAUUGACCUGGAGUUGUGGGCGCAGCAAGCAGAGUUUGACACCACUGAGCUCCACCAAAUGCGUGUGCAGGACAACUGCGUAUUCUCCAUCAGCCCCAAGGCUGGGAGCCUGAGUCCCGGGCAGGAGCAGGUGGUGGAACUCAAAUACAGCCACGUGUUCGUUGGCACUGAUCGCCUCCCAGUGCUCUUCAAGGUGUCCCACGGCCGGGAGAUCCUGCUAAAUUUCAUAGGUGUGACAGUGAAGCUGGAGCAAAAGUACGUGCACUUCACCUCCACUAGCCACGAGUUUGUCCCUGUCCCCAUUGGCAACACACUGCCCCCAAGGCAGAUUUAUGAGCUGUAUAACGGUGGCUCGGUGCCUGUAACAUACGAGGUCCAGACCAACAUCCUGUCGCAGGUUCAGGAAAAAAAUUUCGAUCACCCCAUCUUCUGCUGCCUCAACCCCCAAGGGGAGAUCCAGCCGGGCACAACUGCUCAGGUCUUGUGGAUCUUCUCCCCUAUUGAGGCCAAGACUUACAUGGUAGAUGUACCCAUACAUAUCCUGGGAUGGAACUCAGCCAUCAUCCGCUUCCAGGGAGUGGGCUAUGACCCCCAGGUCAUGGGGGACACAGCCCCAUUCCACAACAUCUCCUCUUGGGACGACCACUCCAUACAUUCUAGGCUGAUGGUUCCUGGACAGAACGUCUUCCUGUCCCAGUCCCAUAUCUCCCUGGGAAACAUACCUGUGCAGAGCAAGUGCAGCCGCCUGCUGUUCCUCAACAACAUCUCCAAGAGCGAGACAAUUGUCUUUGAGUGGCAGCUGAAGCCUCUAGAGUUUGGGGAGGUGUCUGUGAGUCCCAUGACAGGAAAGGUGGCUCCUGAAGAGACUAUUUCCUUUGUGGUGACCCUGAAGGCCUCAGUGCAUGCCAGCUUCUACAGCAUGGACCUGGUAUGCAAGGUAUACCGACAGAAACUCCUAAAUCAAUACCAUAAGGAACUACAGGAGUGGAAGGACGAGGAAAUACGGCAGGAAGUGGAGUUCACCAUCACAGAUAGGAAGGGGAAGGGAGGAGAAUAUUGUAGAGCCUGUGUCCCUAAGAGGAAGUACAAGACGCUGCCCCCCAUCAAGAAUCAGCAGCCUCUCCACCGGCCUGUCAGCUGGAAACUUAAGAUCCCAAAGAAGAAGAUAUUCUGGCCCCGUCCCCAGCCGCCAUCGCCAGGCAUGCUGUGCUUGGGCCUCACGGCCCGUGCUCAUGCCACCGACUUCUUCCUGGCCAACUUCUCUGACUUUCCCCAGCACUUCCUGCACCGGGAGUUGCCAAAGAGGAAAUACCACGAGGAGGAAAAGUUGGAGUCUUCUGAGGAAGAAGCCCCAGACAAGUGGGCCCCCAUCUCCAAGCAGGAGAAGCAGCUCCUGACUGACUGUCUCACCACCAUCAUCAGGGGUCUGCUAGAAGACAAGAUAUUCCAUGAAGCUGUGGACCAAAGCCUGGUGGAGAAGAUGCCUUACUUCUGCCAGUUCUGGAAUGAGCAGUCAGCCAAGAUCAUGGCCCAGAGCAACACCCUGCAGUUAGUACCUGUCCUGUCUCCAUCCUCCAGCAGCUGGGAGGCCAGCAGAGACAAGGAGUCCGAGGAGGACAAACUGAGGUGGGACAAGAAAGUGGGAGAAGAGGAGGAGAAGAGUGCAGAGGAAGAGGAGGAACUGGAAGAGGAAGAGGAGGAAGAAGAGGAGAUAGAGGAGGAGGAGAUAGGCAAAGGAGAGCUGGAGGAGGGGGCGAAGGAAGAGAAGUUGUCCUGGACGGAGGCUGAGCCCACACUGCAGCCCACAUCCCAGGAGUCCCUGAAAUGGCGGUGGCAGCAGCAGCUGAAGGUCAUGGUGAAGGAGGAACAAGAGCAGGAUGAGAAGGAGACCAUCAGCCGGCUCCCAGCGUUCGCCAACCUGCAGGAGGCGCUGCUGGAGAACAUGAUCCAGAACAUCCUGGUGGAGGCGAGCCGCGGGGAGGUGGUGCUCACCUCGCGGCCGCGCGUCAUCGCCCUGCCCCCGCUCAGCCUUUCCAGGAUUGAGACUCCCGACUUGCUUUCGGCGGCGCCCCUUGGGCUGCAGCAGGCCGAGGUGUCCCGCCUGGUGGUGCCGCCCCCUACCGACUCUUUGAGGAUGCCACACCCCAGCCCCGCCGACUUGCGGCCCUCCUAGGCCCCCUCUCCACUGCCCCGCCAC